AUGGACAAAAAUUGGGUGUUUCUGGAUCGAGGAAGUGAUGAGUAUGUUGUUGGACUCCGUGCAUUUAUCAAUCAUGCACAAAAUAUCUCCCCUAUUCCGAAUAGAAUUUACUGUCCUUGUAAAGAGUGUAAAAAUCGGUGGAGACAAACUGUAAAAGAUGUGGAGGACCAUAUAUGUUGCGUAGGUAUGUGGAAUGACUAUGUAAACAUUCCUUGGACCUCACACGGUGAGGAAUUACCUGUAACAAAUGAAGUAGAUGUAACACGUCCCUCCUCCUCCCAACAAGUUAUGCCAGACCAUGAUAUGGUUGAUAUGUUACAGGAUGCAUUUGGGUUUCAUGAUGAUACAACGAGGCCUCCGUCUUCUUCAGAGCCAGUUGGACGUCCAGACUUUGGUCCUACGCCAGAUGCCAAAAAAUUCUACAAACUACUUGACGAUGCAGAUACUGAUCUUUUUCCGGGGGCACGGAUAAAGAAGCUUGAAUUUUUAGUGAGGUUAUAUAAGAUAAAGUGUUUGCACUCAAAUAGUGAUGUAUCUUUUUCUGAAACUUUGGAUCUAUUGAGAGACACAUUUCCUGCAAGUACGACUCUCCCAAAGAGUUUUUACAAGACAAAAAAAAUGAUCAAAGAUAUUGGGUUGUCAUAUGAAAAGAUUCAUGCAUGUCCGAAUGAUUGUAUGUUGUAUUGGAAAGAGCAUGAAAAUGAUACUAGUUGUCACGUUUGUGGUACUAGCCGAUGGAAAAAGAAGAAGAAUGGCACUGAAGCUGCUGGAAAACCAAAAGCAGCUAAGAUUUUGCGUUAUUUUCCAUUAGGUCCUAGAUUGCAACGUUUAUAUAUGUCUCGCCAUACUGCAGAUUCGAUGUCUUGGCAUUCAAAAUUCAGGACUAAAGAUGGGGUACUCAGACAUCCUGCUGAUUCUCCAGCUUGGGCAAAGUUGGAUGAAAAGUAUCCAGAUUUUGGUAAUGAGUGCCGUAAUGUUCGCCUGGGGUUGGCUAGUGAUGGAUUUAACCCUUUUGGAAUGAUGAGCUCUUCACAUAGUACUUGGCCUGUUGUGUUGUCUGUUUAUAAUCUACCUCCUUGGUUAUGCAUGAAGCAGCCAUACUUGUUCUUGUCAUUGCUUAUACCAGGCCCAAAGGGACACGGUAACAAUAUUGAUGUGUAUUUACAACCAUUAGUGGAAGAGCUGAAGAUGUUGUGGAAUGAAGGGAUUGAGACAUAUGAUGCAUUCCAGAAAGAGACUUUUACCAUGCGAGCUGCUGUGUUGUGGACUAUUAAUGAUUUUCCUGCAUAUGCCAUGUUAUCCGGUUAUAGCACAAAAGGUUACAAAGCUUGUCCAGUGUGUGCUGAAGAUACAGAGUCUGUUAGGCUGGUGAACUGUCAAAAAGAAUGUUUUAUGGGUCAUCGUCGGUGGUUGAAUGCUGAUCAUCGGUACCGUAGAUGGAAAAAUAAUUUCAAUGGUGCUGCUGAACGAAGGCCUCGCCCAAAGCCUAUGACGGGUACAGAAUGUCUAAGAGCAACGCAUGGUUUGAUAAUUCAAUUUGGGAAUGGGAAAAAGAUGAAAAUUCCUCGACAACGUAAGUGA